GGGCUCUGGCGCCCCAUGGGCAGCACGCGGGGAGGGGAGCGGCUAUGUCGUCCUCCCCCCGCUCGCAAGUUGGCGGUUGCAGCCUUAAAGGGCCCGCUGAUUGACAGCCCGUGUAGCAGCGGCUGGGUGGAGCCGCUGGGUGGGGUCAGGGACAGGCGGCUGGGUGGGGAGCCCGGCGAGCAAGGAGAGGCAGGCGGGCGGAGCCGAGAGGAGCGGAGCGCCGGCGCCUUCGCCAGCAGCAGGGAAGCCGAGCCGGGCAGCCCAGCCCGCCUGAGCCUCCCUGCGACCCCACCCACUCGCCUGGAUCCCGGGGGAACCGCGCAGGAGGAGCCCAAGCGAAAAUGGGGUGCCAGAGGCUGCAAGAGAGGAAGUGACAGUGCCCAGCGCUACGUGUCCGUGCAGGGACAGCGUCAGGAAAAGCACCCGUUGGCAGGAGGUUCUGCCUCCUCCUCCCUAGCUCUUGAAAGCGUGCUAAGGUGGGCUGCCGGCUUUGCCCGCAGCAAGGCUCUGCCCAAGAUGAGUUCCUCGUCACUGUUGGAGGACAGCUCCAUCGAGCCGCCGGUGCUACUGAGUGACAUCAAGACGGAGCCUCCAGAGGAGCUGCUGGCCAGCGACUGCAACCAGCCCCAGGCCGAGCCGGUGGACUUGUCCCUCAACAAGCCCAAGGCCUCCCUGCAGCCCCCGCAGCUGCCCCCCUCUUGCCUGCUGCCGUCGGCCGUCCGCUCCCCGUCCAUGCUGGCCACACCCCCCAUCCAGGCCCCUGUGGUCUCCAUGUCGCCCACAGGCCUUGGCUCCUCCUCCGCUGCCAUCCCAGCCGUGCUCUCUCCGGGCUCCAUCCUCGCUUCCACCCAGGGCAGCGGCGGGCAGCAGAUCCUGCACGUCAUCCACACCAUCCCCUCUGUCAACCUGCCCAGCAAGAUGGGCAACCUGCAGACCAUCCCGGUUGUGGUACAGUCCCUGCCUGUGGUCUACACCACCAUGCCCAGCGACGGCGUCACCGCUGCCAUCACUGUGCCGCUUAUUGGUGGUGACGGCAAGAAUGCCGGAUCCGUGAAAGUUGACCCCAGCUCCAUGUGCCCAGUUGAGAUCAACAGCGACAGCGAGGACAGUGCCUCUGAGAGCGGCCCGGCCUCCUUUCCUGACCUGCAGAGAGACCUCUCGGUUGGGCGCAUGCAGCGGGCUGAGUCCCCAGACCUAAAGAAGAGGCGGAUUCACCAGUGUGACUUUGAGGGCUGCAACAAAGUUUACACAAAGAGCUCACACUUGAAAGCACACCGGAGGAUACACACAGGAGAGAAGCCGUACAAAUGCACCUGGGAGGGCUGCACCUGGAAGUUUGCACGCUCCGAUGAGCUGACCAGGCAUUUCCGGAAGCACACGGGCAUCAAGCCGUUCCGCUGCUCAGACUGUGACCGCAGCUUCUCGCGCUCUGACCACCUGGCCCUACACCGCCGUCGGCAUAUCAUGAUGUGAGGGGGCUGCUGCUGCUGCUGCCCCACCCCUGGCCAUGUGCGAAGGAGAGUUGCUCCUCACAGCGGGCUGGAUCCCUGCCUAGCAGCUGUGGACAGAGCGAGUCUGCAUCAAGAGCUACCCUUUCCCUUCCUGGCCUUGCCACCCACAGGACUCUGUGGCAAGACCCGGGGGGGCGGGCUUGUUUGGCUGCCCAGCUUGAGCUUUGUCUCCUUGGGCAAAGCCCGGGGGCUGGCAUGUGCCAGACAGCACAGGCACUUGGGGCUCCAAGCUGACUGGAUUCCUCAUUGGUUGGCUUGGGGGGGGCUCCCGUGGAAAGAUCCAUGGGGAAAAAGCCAGUGCCCCCAUCUUUUCUGUGGAGUUGAAUGAAAUGCAGCUCUCCAGCGCUGUCUGAGCCUCUGCCCCCCCCAUGUGGCAAAAGACUGGGGUGUCUUUGAGUCCUUCAGAUGGUUGCAGCACAAAAACGGAAUCCCUAAAAAUCAGAAAGUGGGGGGGGAGGGGGGGAGGCCAGAACUUGGAAUGGCUUCUGUUUAACAGUUUUAAUGAGCACUGAAACAAAGUCUGUAUUUGAAAUUUGGCUUACGAUCCAUUGCUCAAUCUCUGAAUGUUCAGGAUUGGAUUUGUUUGUCAUGAUUCAAAUAUGGAAUGGGGGGAUGUCAUUAUUUGACCCCCACCCUCUUGAAGUCUUGAUGUUAUACAAUCUCCCUUGAAACUGGCGACCUCAACUAUCUCAUCAAGGGACUAAUUUCAUGAAAUUUUGCUGGAAAUUUUGAUUCCAGGAUGAUUUUUUUUUAAAAUUAGACACUUUGUUUAACUUUGGGGAUUUUAUGUGUGUGGAGGAAGGGUCUACUUCUAAUCUGGUCUGAUCAAUAUGUGGCAGGGAUGAUGCCAUCAUCUCCUCUUCCCCCGCUUUCCUCCUCCUUGUUGGGCUGCACCCUUGUAGUUUGGGGCAGUCAGCAGACAACUGGGGGGGGCAAUGAUCACACGGACAACAUGAAAAAGGGAAAACUUUUGCGGAACAAAGAACUGUGACGACGACAGCUAGCUUUGAGGGGGCAUGUUGGGGCUCCUGUUUUUGCCUACAAAACCUGGGUCAGGAAGAUGGGCAAAUGCUUCCAACUUGGUGACCUGCACUUGGAUGAACUUAUGUGAGGUUUUUAUUGUCUACAGACAGAAAGCUGGACUGAACAGCAGCCUUGAACUGUGGAACUGAACCAGGGGCCUGUUACUGUCAGAGUGCCAGGGGCGGGGGCUGCAUUUGAUUGACAAGACAUAUGUUGAGAUUUUUAGACUCUGUUUUCCCUUUCCCUGCUCUUGGGGAAGUUGAAUAUGAACAUGGUUUUCCAGAAA